AUGAAAGAGGAGUCGGGGCGCCUUGUCCUGCCAGUCGUUGCGCUGGCGCUGGUGCUCGCUCUGGUCUGGACGGAGCGGUCGUUAUUGUUACCCGCAGCAGACAACCAAGGUCCAGCUCCCCGCCCUCUGUCUCCCUCUCCGUCUCCGUGCCCCUCUGGGAGCAACCUCACAGACAGCGCGCCAACACAGGCUCCAGAGCUAGCCACCCCAGAACCAACAGCAACCAUGUCGCCCGCGGCAGCCGCCUUGCGGAGCCUCAUGCACGAGCACACCGUGGCCUUCGAAGAUUCCCAACGCAACGCCAUGAACACGGCUUCGCUCUCCACCCAUGGAGGCCUCCAAUGCGUGCCGUCAAGGACCGUUCCAUUCAAAUGGGACGCACCCAUUGGCGUGCUCAAGAUUUUCGUCUACACUGAAAUGAUAAAGAACAUGGAGCCGCAUAACUGCGUGAAAGCACUCGUUCCAAUGUGGCGAGAGGAGGCCGAGCUCCCGACAUGGGUCGUCAAUUCCAUUCACUACACCACCAAUCCAGAAGAGGCACACAUGUUUUUCAUCCCAGCCAUGGGUCGCUGCAUGAUUGCCAUCCACGAUCGCCCGCACGUUCUCCAGUCGGACUCGUUCCUCAAUGCAAUCGAUAUUCUCCACGUCAAGAACGACUACUUUCGCCGGCGUUAUGGAUACGACCAUUUCAUCAUUAAUCCGGGAGGCGGCUCACUCGGCCUUAUCACCGAUAUUCUCUGGGGUUCCAGUUCGUCGGCGACCAUCAACACUUUUUACUCCAACGCCACCAAACUCCUGUCAGAAAGCGUUCGGCCGCGCGGAUACUUUGCCGGCAGGGAUUUUACGAUUCCAGGAAGCGCGGAUUAUAGAUUCGGACCGUACAUGAAGAUUCACCACCAGCCCCUCGCAGAUCGUCCGAUGCUGUUCAUGUUCCUCGGCGAUACAGGCCUACGCGAGCAGCGGCAAGCCUUGGGUCGUUUAAAAGUGGCUCUGCAAGGCGACUCGGAGCAGGCCGCCUUCUUCCGGGACAAGGUGCUCAUCGCCAGCAAAAUCAACGACCCUGACCCGAGCCUCUACCCGAAACGAACCCAGAACUUUACCUUUUGCGCCGCACCGCACGGAACCUCGCCGUGGACGCAGCGCUUUUACGAUUCGCUCAUUUCAGGAUGCAUUCCGGUGCAGUUUGACCGGCGAUUCCGCUUUGGCUACUACGAUCAUGUAGACUGGGAUGCGAUUGUGAUUCGGUACCCCACCGCCCAGGUCGACAAAUUCUCCUUCCUCGAGUAUCUCUACAAGCUCAGCCUGGAUGUCGAGUUUAUCCGCGAGCGUCAACGGCGAAUAGCCGCCAUUGCAGAGCUGUUCUACUAUGGCGAAUCUUCCAAGGCGCUGCACACCACCGCUGCUGCGCUCUCCGACCCCGAUCUCGUGGUGCGACGGAAGGCGUAUCAGCUGAAUGCGUACAGCAUGGCUAUUCGAGAGCUAGCAGAUCGUUAUUGCACUUUGCGCAUGAGUGGCCACCUCCCAUGA